UCGGAAAUUGUCUUUGAAUUUGUGAAGCUCAGACCUUCCAUCGUUUCCAUGUGGCUCACUUUACUCAGACUGCACGGUCUGCACGGCGGCUGCUCUCACCAGAGUCCAACUUCAAGACACUGGCCGCCUGACUGCCUCCCUGUGAAUGGCCCACCUGGUCGUCAACCUCACCGCACGACGAUCGCGUGGAUUCACACAGAGCGCGGGGCGAUGCCCACCCCGCCGCUCAAGCACUACAGCAGCGUUAAGACCAAUGCUCGGGUCCGCUCCUCAGUGCUGCAAUGGCUUCUGAUGGGCUGAUUGAUAGUCACGAGCUCGCUUGGCGGCUGGGCAAUCACUCUUCCUGCAUGAGUCGAGUGCUUUGAUGAGGAGCAAAGCUAUCGUCCUGCAAGUCACUUUCCUUAAGACCUGGAGUGUGCCCUCGAGACUU